UUUUUCUUUUUUUUUUAAUUCAUAAUGUCGCAUUCUUACAUGUCUUCCUUGGAUUCACUUGCCUUGGAACCAACUGAUUAUCAAUCCUCUCAUAUUAAUGAAGAAGAAGCUGCCGCUGACUUGGCUCUUUGGACCAAUGCCAAGUUCACUUAUGAUACAACACCAGGUCAAGGUAUCUUAGAGGAGAAACCCGCCUUUGACUUGGACAAAGUCAUGUACGAACAUUUAUCAAAGUAUUUGGACAUGUCACAAACGUUAACUCCAUCACUCGAUAUGCCUAUGGAAAAUGCAUACAAACCCAUACGACCACAACCUUUACUUCCUAAACCCAUGAUGGAACAACCUUUAUAUUUACUGCCCACUGACGUACCAACACCAACAAAGAAUAACGACAAACGAACAGAAGAUCGAUCAGCAGAUGAAGAUAAACGACGACGUAAUACAGCUGCAAGUGCUCGAUUCCGAAUCAAGAAGAAACAAAAAGAAAAGGCCAUGGCUGAAACUGUCAAGGAAAUGACGGAAAAAGCAGAAAAAUUACAAGGUCGUGUCCAUGAAUUGGAAAAUGAAAUCAAAUGGUUACGUGAACUCUUAUUGGAAAAGAAUUCGAAAUGAUCCCCCUAUUUAGUCCUCCCUCCCUCUUUUGUAUAUUUCUCGUUAUUAUUAUUAUUAUUAUUAUUAUUCUCUUUUGUAUAUCUUCUCAUCUUAUGUUAUUAAAGUUAUUUGAU